GUGAAAUUAAAAACCACAGAGACAUACAGCGAGCUAGGACUCUGAGUCACAGCAUGGAGGAUGGGGAUUUACAGGAGAUCCUUGCAGUCUUAUGCAAUGCUGUACACCUCCACACAGCUGAAAGAAAGUGGUUUCCCAGGACAACUCAGAUGAUAAGCUGGUGCCUGUUGGCCCUGUCUGACACUGGGAAGCUCCUGGAGAUGGGAACUGGAGAAGGGAAGUCUUGUGUCAUAGCGAUGUUUGCAGUGCUGCGUGUGCUUAGAGGUGAAAAGGUGGAUGUGGUGUCCAGCUCUUCUGUGUUAUGUCAAAGAGAUGCUGAAGAAUGGGCAGAAUUCUACCAGUCCUUUGGCAUUACAGUCGACACAAACACAAAUAAAAAUGAGGAUAAAGAUCGGAAAGAAUGCUAUCAGAAGGACGUGGUCUAUGGAACCAUUGAAGCCUUUGCUGCUGAUCACCUUCGCCAAAUAUUUGAGAUGAAGGAUGUGAGGCCUGAUCGUAACUUUCAGUGCAUCAUUAUCGAUGAAGUGGACUCACUGCUGCUAGAUCAAGGAGUGCAGCUGACGUACCUGUCCAGCCCCAUGGUGUCCAUGCAGCACCUGAACAUUAUUCUCACCAUGAUCUGGAGCCACGUCAGUCAGCAUGGCUUCCUAUCUACAGGACACCAGACAUUUGUACGAGGUCCUCCUGCUUCAUUCUUCAAGGCUAUCUAUGACUCAAUGAACACAGAAGACACUGAAAUUAAUGAUCCAAUGGACAUUUUAAGUAUUGCUGAAGAAUCUAACAUUGUGCCAAAAGGAUUUACAGAAGAUAUGUACAAGAGUCAAAAGGAUGAACUUCUCAGUAAACUGAAAACAGUGAGUCAGGAUGCUAUGGUUGACUUUUUCAAAGAAAUUGAGGACUAUGUCCCUUACGGCUUUACUGUUUACACACUAGAUGACAAGGGACUGCUCUGUCUUCAAAAGUGCAGUCCAUACAAUGACCAGGACAUUCCAGAGCUUUCAUUUCUUGUCUUGGAGGAAGGAUUGUGUUGUCCUCUCUAUGAGUCAGAAGAAGUUCUCAUCAAGCCCAUUGCAGAAUUGAUCUCUGAGAGGAUUCAGUACACCCCGUGUGAAAACAAUAAAGAUAAAAUCAGCAUUCCUGGAUUCUUGAAGAAUCUGGUGGAGAAGAAAGUCUCAGUGUGGGUCCAGAAUGCCUUUCUGGCAAUGUUACUGAAACAAGGACGAGAAUAUGUUGUAGAAAAUGACAACGUCUGUCCAGUGGACUUCAGAUCCACUGGUAUUGUUGAACUGAAUAAGAAGUGGGGUGAUGGUCUGCAGCAGUUUGUGGAGAUUAAACACCAACUCAAACUGAGCACAAUUUCAACAGUGACAAACUACAUUUCCAACAUUUCUUUUUUUGAGAAAUACCAGGGAAAAAUAUACGGAACAACAGGAACACUGGGGAGCAAAGCAGACAUUCAGUUUUUGCAGGACCUAUAUCCAAAUCUCUCUGUGUGCAAAAUACCAACAUUCAACAGGAAGAAGUUAUUUGAGGUCAAAGGAACUCUGAAAAAAACAGCUGAAGAAUGGAAAUCUGAAAUAAAACAUGUGGUCAUGGCUCAGAUUUCCCCAAAUUCAUACAGAGAUGGAAGAGCAGUGUUGGUGAUCUGUGAAACUAUCAAUACAGCCAAAGAGAUCUACGAAGAGCUGAGGAGCAGCAUCCCAAGUAAAAGAGUGAUUCUCUACUGCCGCAGUGACAGAGACAGUUUGAGUAAAAUAGACAAGGAGCUGCUUCCUGGUGAUGUCAUUGUUGCCACAAACCUUGCCGGCCGUGGCACAGACAUUAAAGUGUCCAGAGAGGUGAACAAUAAUGGAGGUUUAUUUGUGAUCCUCUCCUUCCUUUCCGAGAACACAAGAGUGGAACUCCAGGCUUUUGGACGAACUGCACGCAAAGGUAAACCUGGAUCUGCUCAGAUAAUCAUUUCCACUGAACACCUGCAGCCAUCUUUCAGCACAGUGUCCUCUCUGGAGGAAGCCAAGAGCACAAGGGACCGACUUGCAGCAGAAAAGAUAAGUCACAUGAUGAACGAUGUUGCUGAGAUCAAACUGCGGGAGGACCUGUUUUCAGAAUACUGUGAAACACUUCAAGAUAUUUAUAACACCACUGAUGGAGACGAGGAAAGAGCUGUUGUUGCCAUCAUGAAUGAGUUCUGGGGGUUUUGGCUGCAAACUAAAUCAGAGGAAAUUGAUCAGUUGAAGAGAAAUGAAUUGGAAGAAAGUUUGAAAGCUGAUUUGUCAAAGGCAAAAAGUCAGUCUGAAAGUAGACUUCACCAUGUUCCAGCAUUUAUCACUACAUCAAGUUUGGAAAUAUUGCACUGGAUGAGAAAAAGUGGGAUACUGCAGCCAUAAUGUUUGAAAAAGCCAUGAAACAAGAUGAAAGCUGGGCAGCUGUAGCUUGUUACAAUGAUGCAUAUUGCACUAUACAACAAAAGAAAGCAGAUUACCUCACUAAGGCCAUAGAUGAUCUAAUGAAGGCACAGGAAUCUCUGAGGUUUCUCAAUGAGGAACUAAUAGUCUGUCUUCAGUUUGUAAAAAUGUCCUCUGCAGACUCAGCCAACAGCAACCCAACCAGCCUGGAAAAACAGUUAUCAACCAGGUCUACAAUGUAUAGUUACUUUGAUAAAAACAUUACUGAGGCUAUCCAAAAGUUAGAAGAAAUAAGAGAGAAAGGGAGGGAUGCAAUCGCCCCCAAAUCCCCGAUGUUCUCACUAGUUUCAGAUGCUGGUGAAGAUCUCCAAGUUGAAGCUUACGCCCUCUACAGUCGAGGUCUGAAAUGUGUGUUUUCUGUGGAAGAAAAGCCUCGUUUCUCAUGGGAAGGUCUGCUGGUGUUCUUUCUUGGAGUUUUACAGAUUGUUGGAGGAGCACUGCUCACUGCAUUUACAUUUGGAACAUUUGCUCAAGUUGGAAUGGGACUCAUUAUUGAGGGAAUAUCAGACUGCAUCACUGGCAUUGAGGCCAUGGUGACAGGAGAAUUCAGCUGGAAAUCAUGGGCUAUAGAAAAAGUCAUUUCUAUUGGUGUCUCUCUCACUGAGGUCGGAGUUGGAAAGCUGAUUUCAAAGGGCUUCAAAUGUUGUAAAAUCUUAGUUAAAUUUGGCAAACAGCUCAAGUCAAUGCCAAAAUUUCUCUCUAGACAAGCUAAAGAUGGCUUCAGUGCUGUUUUAAAGACAAAUAUGAAGAAUGCAGUAAAACACACAGCUAAACAAAUUGCACAAGAACAGGUCAGCGCUCACGAUCACAUGCUGAAAACAUCAAGAACUCCACGACUGCAGGCACCAUCCUUGAUAUCAGAGUCCUGUCAGAAGCCACUGGCACUAAAGUUGUCAUCCUAACAGAGGACAGCAAUGGAAGACUUACCAAAAUGCAGGAGCUGAGCCCAGACACUCGACAUGCCAAUCAAACUGUGACCCUGAUCUACAGACCAAAGAGCCACCAAUACCCCGAUGGUCACUAUGAUGUGCACAUCAAUAACCAGACAGUGAGCAUAGACAACAAAGGCAAGAGCUGUCUGUUUUAUGCUUUGGCACGUGGAAUGAAACCACAAGCCAGUGAAAAAGAGAUCACUUUGGAAGCAAAUCGUCUUCGAUCUGUGGAGGCCGAUACUCUCCUCAGUUACCCAGGCCAAUGGGAGCCUUUCAUCAAGCAGAAAGAAUUAACUGAAACAAUCAGGGGAGGGGACUGGUACAUGUUAGAGGGAGCUGGAGCCAGCCAUAAAAGAAAGCAACGCGUUACGUCUGAAAUUAGUUGGCCAAGUAGAAAAAUUCAAAAACUGGCAAACAUAUGCAAAAAAAAAAAUAAAGGAACUGGAAAGUUCAUCAAUGCAGAUCACCAGCCACCAGUCACUUGCAUAUUUAAGGCCAGAAAAUUGAACCAGAAUAGCAGAUUAGCAGAAGCCAUGCUUGAAGUGGCAACAAACUCAUCUACUGGGAACAUUUCUGAUGUGCACAAAUAUCAUGGCCGUGAACUUCCAACAGUUUAUGUACCUGCAGAAGUACAUCGUGAAUUUCCCAGUACAAAAUCACCAGCCUUCAGAGACCUUUUGGCUAAAACCAUAAGUAGUAAUGAUGUUGUGGGUACUUUCAAGCUGACAAUCCUUGGUUCAAUGCCAAAAUUCUGGUUGGAUAGUAGCAGGGACUUCAAAAACUUUCAGAAUACAAAUAUAAGCAAAAGCAGACUUAAAGAUUUUGAAAACAGUUUUCCACGCCACAGUGAAAAGAUGGUAAAUAAAUGGUUUGACCAGCUUAAAAACAAAGGUGUUAUGACAGAUGACCAUCUAACUACUAUUAAUAAUUGGAUCGCUAACCAGGGCUACAAAGAUCAAAAUGAUCCACACAGGAAAGAAGUUGCCAACCUCCUCUGAUGAAAAGUUUGCAAGAGAAGAGAAUGUGACUCUUACAAGCAAAUGAAGUACAGU